AUGGACAGCUUCGACCUGUCCGAGCAGCGGAUCGUGCAGCUGGAACAGAUUCCGGACGAUAUUCGGUGUCAGAUCGAAAAAGGGGACGGCGCUGAGUAUGCGCUGGAUCUGUCGUUGAAUCGUUUGCGUAGUAUCGAUCACAUCGGAGUCUUCGAAAACGUCAACCAGUUGGAUUUAUCGGGAAAUCAACUGGAAAAUGUCAACGGCAUCCAGGCAUUACGACGUCUGCAGAGUUUGGAUUUAUCUCGAAACUGUAUCGCCUCGAUCGACCUGCUCGCCUUGCUACCAGCUUUACAGAUACUGAAAAUCGGCGAGAACAGUCUCACAGCCGUGGAUUCUCUUCAGUUGCUCCCAGAGCUGCGAGUGGUGGAUGCGUCCUACAACCGCAUCAUUAAAUGGCCGCCUCUUGCUGGACUGAGCCUGUUGGAGACGCUGGACUUGUCGGAUAAUAUGCUGGGUGCCUUCUCUUCGUCUGCGUCAGCGACGCUCUUCCCGUCCCGAUUGCGUCGCCUCUCAAUUGCCAGAAACCAGGUAGAUAAGAUUUGUGGAGUUGCUAGUCUUGGAUUUCAGCUACCAGUGUUGGAAUUUCUCGCUUUUGACGGGAAUCCGAUUGUGCUUGAAAUUUCACGUCGUGGUGGUCAGUUGGAGCGUUUAAUAGCGGCACUCUUCCCAUGUCUACCACUUAGCAAUGACGGUGGUCUUACUGUAUCUGGACGAAAGCAUGCAGACUUCACAAUCUCUCCUCAUGCCCUCAAUACUCUGAAGCACUCCGUACUCGACGGCAAUGAAAAUAUUCUAGAAGAAUUUCUCAUUACCGGAUUUUCGACGUCUCAAGGGAAUCUUGCACAAGUUGGAGGGAUUCUACCACCUCCAUCUCCUGUAGAACGACCGCUAGACCAAAAUGCUCCGGAUAAUCCACUCUCUCACGACAGCAAACUAGAAAUCUGGAAACGCGUUCAAGAAGGCCGCAAGGCUCAGAGCAGUGGCUGCACUCCAGCUAAUAGCGAAGUCAAAAGAGAGGAAUCGAUCCAAUGGGCAGAGCAUCCAGUAGUCUCUACCCCACUCGAAGACUUUCGAAAGCCUGCUCUCACUACAGAAGACUUGGCUGUCCCUGCUCAAAUGAUGCCAGCUCUCGACGUCUCCACCCUGAGCGUCUUGAAACCUUUGGAUUCUACAUUUUCAGCGUCAAUUGAGCCGAUCAAGAACUCCGAUAGUAGCGAGUGUGAGGCACUUGUGAAGAAACUCACCGACCAAGUGACUACGAUGCGCAAAUACAUGAAGGUAAAGCUUCAGAUUUUUCCUUCAUAUUUUCAGAUUUUCUUACAGAUUUCCCUGCGUAGAUUUGGAUAA